ACUCGUCAGCAUCAUGGCGACAUGAAAAGAAGAGCAGCAUCCAUCCCUGACCCUGCCCUUUCUCUACAAGGCCUUCCCUCCUCCCCCUUUUCUCUCCUCACGUCUUCAGUCCUUCGCACCCACGUCACAGAACCAAACCCCUCCCUCCCUUCCUCUCUCUCUCUCUCUCUCAACGAUGUCGAGGAGUGAACCACCCUUGCCGACCGACGAACAGACCUCGCCGGCAGCGUCCUCCGACAGGUGGUGGCCGUACUCCAGCUCGGGUAACUUCGGCUCCAGUCUGUCCAUGGUGUUGGUGGCCCUCAUUUGCUCGCUCGCUUGCGGCCUCGCCAUCCAUGCGGUCGCCCGCUUGGUCGUCCGCUGGUGGAAGGCCGCUCACGACCCGUCGGAGUCCACCAAGCCCGCCGCUUCUGCCACUGCCGCCAUUCCCGCUUCACCGGCGCUGGUGUACUCGUCGGGAAUGGAGCUCGCGGGGGCGACCGCGGAGUGCGCCAUCUGCCUCACGGAGUUCGCCGACGGGGAACGCGUCAGGGUGCUGCCGAGGUGCCGGCACGGCUUCCACGUGGCGUGUGUGGAGGCGUGGCUCGCCUCACAUGACUCUUGCCCGACGUGCCGCGGCCUCUGCUUGGCCGAGAAGUCCCCCGACAAGGCCCCGCCACUCCCUGCUGCCGCCGUCUGAGAUGCGGCCGGAAGGGGAGGCCGGAGAAAGACGAAAUUGCCCGUGUACCAUCUGAAAAAGAGAGCUGAAAUCAAGGUUUUCUUGUCAUGUUGGUAGGUUUCUAGAAAUUGGUAGAAAAUCUUGCAUUUCUUCUGUUUUUGGAGGUUCUUUUUUCUGCCAUUUUUUGUGUUUAUCUUCAGUACAGUGAAAAGAUUAGGUUUUUGUUUUA